CUGCUGCAGCAGAGGCGGAGGCUGCUUCUGGACGCGUCCGGGCCGCGCAGCCGGAACCCCAGCCCGGAGGCGCCGGGCGGUGCGCUGGGUGCUGCUGCUGCUGCUGCCCGCCCGCCGCCGCCCGGGCCCCCGCUGCCACCUGGGCCCCGGCCGCCGUCCGCGCCCCCGUCGACCCCGCCCGCGAGUGCGCCCCAGCCUGGACGCCGCCCCCGGCCAGGUCUCCACUUCUCGGCCGCACUUCCCAUGACAGCGCCCGCGCGAAGAUGGCUGCGAAGGGCGCGCACGGCUCCCACCUGAAGAUGGAGAGCGAGCUGGAGCGCUGCCGCGCCGAGGGCCACUGGGACCGCAUGCCCGAGCUGGUGCGGCAGAUACAGACGCUGGUCGUGCCCGGCGGCGGAAGCAGCCGGCGAGCCAGCCCGAGCGCCGUGUUCACCUCUCUGGACACCGAUGACUUUGGGAAAUUGCUCCUGGCCGAGGCCCUCCUGGAGCAGUGUUUGAAGGAGAACCACACCAAGAUAAAAGACUCCCUCCCUUUGCUGGAGAAGAAUGAGCCAAAGAUGAAUGAAGCCAGAAGCUACCUGAGUAGUAUCCUUAACCACGGGAAGCUGUUGCCACAGUACAUGUGUGAGGCCAUGCUGAUCCUGGGCAAGCUGCAUUACAUGGAGGGCUCGUACCGAGAUGCCAUCAGCAUGUAUGCACGGGCUGGGAUUGAUGACAUGUGCAUGGAGAACAAGCCCCUGUAUCAGAUGCGGCUGCUGGCGGAGGCCUUUGUCAUCAAAGGCCUCUCCCUGGAACGCCUACCCAACUCCAUCGCUUCCCGCCACCGCCUGACUGAGAGGGAGGAGGAGGUGAUCGCCUGCUUCGAGAGGGCCUCCUGGAUCGCUCAGGUGUUCCUGCAGGAGCUGGAGAAGGUCACAAAUAACACCACGUCACGGCAUCUGAAAGGCUCUCACCCGGUUGACUAUGAGCUCACCUACUUCCUGGAAGCCGCCCUCCAGAGCGCUUACGUGACAAACCUGAAGAAGGGGAACAUCGUGAAAGGCAUGAAAGAGCUCCGGGAGGUCCUACGGACUGUGGAGACCAAAGCAACUCAGAACUUCAAAGUGAUGGCGGCCAAGCACCUGGCCGGGGUCCUGCUGCACUCCCUGAGUGAGGAGUGCUACUGGAGCCCCCUGUCCCACCCGCUGCCCGAGUUCAUGAGCAAGGAGGAGAAUUCCUUCAUCAUGCAGGCCCUGCGGAAACCUCACCUCUACGAAGGAGACAACCUCUACUGCCCGAAGGAUAACAUUGAGGAGGCCCUCCUGCUGCUGCUCAUCAGUGAGUCGAUGGCUACUCGGGAUGUGGUGCUGAGCCGGGCGCCGGAGCAGGAGGAGGACCGGGCAGUGAGCCUGCGGAACGCUGCCGCCAUCUACGACCUCCUGAGCAUCACGCUGGGCAGGAGGGGACAGUAUGUCAUGCUCUCCGAGUGCUUGGAGCGAGCCAUGAAGUUUGCGUUUGGAGAAUUCCACCUUUGGUACCAAGUGGCCCUCUCCAUGGUGGCAUGUGGGAAGUCGGCCUACGCCGUGUCGCUGCUGCGGGAGUGUGUGAAGCUGCGGCCCUCGGACCCCACCGUGCCCCUGAUGGCUGCCAAGGUCUGCAUCGGGCCCCUGCACUGGCUGGAGGAGGCAGAACACUUUGCCACGAUGGUCAUCAACCUUGGGGAGGAAGCUGGGGAGUUCCUCUCCAAGGGCUACCUGGCACUGGGUCUCACCUACAGCCUGCAGGCCACCGACGCAACUCUGAAGUCCAAGCAAGAUGAAUUGCACCGGAAAGCGCUGCAGACCCUGGAGAGAGCCCAGCAGCUGGCGCCUGGCGACCCCCAGGUCAUCCUCUAUGUCUCUCUGCAGCUGGCCCUCGUCCGCCAGAUCUCCAGCGCCAUGGAGCAGCUGCAGGAGGCCCUGAAAAUGUGCAGGGAUGAUGCCAACGCCCUCCACCUGUUGGCACUCCUCUUCUCCGCCCAGAAACACUACCAGCAUGCUCUGGAUGUCAUCAACAUGGCCAUCACGGAGUAUCCCGAGAACUUCAACCUGAUGUUCACCAAGGUGAAGCUGGAGCAGGUACUGAAAGGCCCAGAGGAAGCCCUCGUGACCUGCAGACAAAUGCUGCGGCUCUGGCAGACCCUGUACAGCUUCUCCCAGCUGGGAGGCCUGGAAAAGGAUGGCAGCCUUGGUGAGGGUCUCACUUUGAAGAAGCAGAGUGGCAUGCACCUGACUCUGCCGGACGCCCACGACGCAGACUCAGGCUCUCGGCGGGCAUCAUCCAUCGCAGCCUCCCGGCUGGAGGAGGCCAUGUCGGAGCUGACCAUGCCCAGCUCAGUCCUGAAGCAGGGCCCCAUGCAGCUAUGGACCACGCUGGAACAGAUCUGGCUCCAGGCUGCUGAGCUGUUCAUGGAGCAGCAGCACCUCAAGGAAGCAGGGUUCUGCAUCCAGGAGGCAGCGGGCCUCUUCCCCACCUCACACUCGGUUCUCUACAUGCGCGGCCGGCUGGCCGAGGUGAAGGGCAGCUUGCAAGAAGCCAAGCAGCUGUACAAGGAGGCGCUCACGGUGAACCCUGAUGGCGUGCGCAUCAUGCACAGCCUGAAUCCUCACAACAGCCCACGAGGAAGGACUGUUCUGUUCCCCGGUUUACAGAGGAGGAACCUGCGGCUCAGAGAGAAUGGGCCACUUGCCCAUGGUCGGCACUUGUCCGUGGGUCUGAUGCUGAGUCGGCUGGGCCACAAGAGCCUGGCCCAGAAGGUGCUGCGGGACGCCGUGGAGAGGCAGAGCACCUGUCAUGAGGCGUGGCAGGGCCUGGGCGAGGUGCUGCAGGCCCAGGGCCAGAGCGAGGCCGCUGUUGACUGCUUCCUCACCGCCCUCGAGCUGGAGGCCAGCAGCCCGGUGCUGCCCUUCUCCAUCAUCCCCAGAGAGCUCUGACUGCCCUGUGGCAGCAGGGAACUUGGGUGGGUGGGGGGGUGGGGGUGGGGCCUCAGGGAAAUACAUCUCUAGGGAACACUUGUGCAGGCUGCAGCCCUAGUUCUCCUCGCCUCCCGCACCCCACCCCUGCGUUCUCUCCAGGGCCAGCUGGCUCUGGGAGCUGCUCGUCUGGAGCUGGGUGGGCCAGAUUUGCAUCAAAAGCAAAUCCCUUGCUCCUUGGGAUUUAGACAGACAUCAUGGCAUUUAUGAGGAAGGAGGUAGCUGGGAGCCCACAUCAGCAUGGGGGCCCCUCCCCAGAGAAUAUGUGCAUCCUCUCAAUGUGCAGUAAGGGUCAAUGUGGCUUGGGUACCUCCUCUGCCCGUCUAGAAGCCCUUGUGCUGCACCUGCCACCCCCCUAACAUCCCUGACCCUGGAUUUCCUGGCCUUGCACAAGCUCUAGUCUCGAACCUCAGCUCCCUGCUCUCCAACACCAAAAAUGAACCCCACCAGCUGCCCUCUGGCUGGGCCAAGAGAGUUUUCCUGGAUUCCUUCCUUGGCACCUCGGGAGACAGUCUGCUUGAACCCUAAGUGACUUGGAGUCAUGGUGACUGGACCUGCUCCCCCAGGGUCCCGGCAGGGGAGCCUCACAGCUGUGCUGCACCCCACCCACACCUCUGUGCCUUUGGGAGCCCCAUGGCCCUGGUCACAUGCCCCAGUCUGGACAGGGUUUGGGAUCACUCUCAGGUGUUGUCCAGGGCGGUCAAGACUUGAAGAAUCUACUGGCAAGUGGGAGGAGCAUGGACCUCUGGGUCCCUUCCCAGACUUUGAGUGAGUGGAUGAUGCCCAGCGUUGCCCCUCUUUGCCUGAUGAGGCCACUUGGGCCCCACUGUGCUCUUCCCCUCUGCUGCCAAGUGCCUUUGGGGCCUCUGGUGUCUGGCCAGGGACACUGAGCACCGGCCCUAACUAACCUUCCGUUUCCGCCCACCCCAUCUCCCUGGAAGCGUGCCCCGGCCCAAGCAGCCUCCUUAUGCCCUAGUCCGAAGCCCCUAGGGUGGGCCUCAGGAUACAAACGUGGCUGCUGGACCCAGCCGUAAUACUUGCAUCAACACAUCAUUCCUUCAAGCCUUACCUUUCUGGGCAAUAGGUACAAUGCAGAUCCUCUAUGGCUUAUAAUGUGCAGAUGGGCAGUCUCCAGGACUGUCUCCAGUACAUCUCACCACUCGCAGCCCGUUCUCACCUCAGGCUUUCUUGGGUGACCUGAGCCACUCCACCAUCCCCUCCCCCUGGGGCCAAAUGGGGACUGUGGUUGGAGACCCGAGGAGGAGAUGGAGCCCAGCCCCUCCUUUGUGGUUGAACAAGUCUCUGUGUACAUGGCACCCUUGUCUGCAGGGGUCCCAGGGGCUGAUGGGUGGGUGUCUUCCUUGCUGGCUCCCCUAGCCCUGCUGCAUGAUGCUCUUGGAAUUCUCCCCAAGAAGUCAGCCCCUCGUGGGCCUAUCAGGAAAUUCCUUUUUUAUCUGCAUUUGGGUUUUAGUUUUAAAGCUCCAUCUGGUACAUGUCUCAUUUUAAGGUGUGUGGAAAGGUCAGGCGCGGGCUUCCCUGGUUUGUCGUAGCCCAGGUCUGUUCCUCGGAGGGGAGCUAUUGGGGACCCACCCUCCUGGCUGCACUGGCUCAGCGCUGCACACGCCCAGGUGCUUCCCAGGGAGAGCCCGCACCCCUGGCCUUCCCACGCCCGGCCAAGGGACACUGCGGAGGACUCCGGAUCCUUCAACUCUUGGUUGAAGGAUCUCUCUCUCUAUGUGUAUGUCUGUGUAUAAAUAUAUAUAUAUGAUAGAGAUCUAUUUUUAUUCUGGAAUCCUGUUUAAAAAAGAAAGUAAACAAGAAAAAACAAGUGCUAUUGCUUUGCCUUGGAGGCCCAAAGAUGUUGGUAGUCAGUUCUUGCUAAUAGGAAAGGCACUAAAUGCAUUCCACUUGAAGCAUUCCCUCGGAGGAAGCCCCAGAGGGCCGGGCCAAGUCACUGACAGUUGGCAGAAUAAAGAGCCCCUUGAGGGGCAGCGGGUCUGUCUGAAGCAGUGUGUUCAUUCAGCGGGCAGGUGGCCCCAGAACAACAGGCCGUGGGCGAGCCGGGAGGGGAGGGGCUCUUGCAGGAGGAGAGGGGCUGGAGAAGUCCUGAAGGCUAUGGCCUCGGCCACACAGGUGAGGAGGAGGUGUGAAGGGGGAGGAAGGGGACUGCUGAGGAGGUUGUGAUUUGAGCCAAGUGAGAGUGGAUGAGAGGGUGGUGAGGUCGGCGCUGAAGCUUAGAGGUGGGUGGGAGGAGGCAGAGAGGGGUCCACGCGGGCCUCAUUCUGGCUUGCCACCUGUUCCUCAGGUGGGCCUGAGCCCCCUGCUGCUUCCAGGGCCAGACUUGUCUGGUCUGAACAUCUGAACAGGAGAGACUGUCCUGCAAGCACUGCCCACGGAACACCUCCAGCACCUGGGGGAGAAGCCCAGGGGUAUGGUGUGUGGGGAGGAUCCAGGCCGCAUCCAGAGGGGCCGCCUGCGCUGAGACGUCCAUACCACUAGACUCCUGAUAUAUGUUAUAUCACAUGCCCAUAUACGACAUAUGCGAUAAAACGUGCAUUAAAAUUUUGAAGGGUGACCUAAAUUUACACAGAAGUUCUAGUUUCUUCGUGUGCCUCAAGGGAUCAUCUGGUGCACCCCCAGGGCUGC